AUGUCUCAACACCAAAAGAUCAAGCCCAAUGCACGUUCGAAAGCAAAUUCAGAUCCGAAUAGUUACAAACAUUGUAAAACUUCUCCAAUUUUAGCCUUGAAAAGAUUAUAUUCCGAAUUUAAAUACAUUCAAGAAAAUCCACUGAGUCAUGUGAGUGCAUGUCCAGCUCCGAUCAAGAAGAAGAAGGCUCUCGAUAAUUUGAAAAUAAUGAAUAUUUAUCGGGAGAUGAAUUUUCAGGUGGAUGAUGAGAGGGAUUUCAUGAUGUGGCACGUAAAUAUUCGAGGAAAUUCAGAUACCAUGUAUGAUGGUGUGGUUUUUCAUGCAGUGAUCAAGUUUAGUGAGAAUUAUCCAAUGGAGGCGCCCACUAUUCGAUUGUGUACGAGGAUGGAACAUCCUAAUGUGGUCGAUUCUGAUAGGAUUUGUUUGGAUUUUCUUGAGGAGUGGAAACCAAUUUAUUCUGUUCAUUCAAUCUUGAUGCAGUUGCAAACGUUUUUAUAUGAUGGAGCAGAUGUGACUAGAGUAUUGUCAAAUAUUCAGGAUCCAAAGACUUUUGAGGAAAAAAAGGAAGAAUACUUGUCAGCUCAGGAAUGGUCAAUGUCACAUGCCAAAGCAUAUGUUAAUAGAAAAGUUGGCCAUUCUAAUCAUUUACCUUCUCCUCCAUUUGUAUCUAGAGAGGAAGAUGAUGGUUUCAAAAGAAUGAAUUGUAAAGUUGAGAAAGUGUUAGCCAACUCAGAUUCAGUUUGCUUCUUUACCAAAACAAGUGAUCUUGUUGGCUAUGGAAUUAACUGUAAAAAGAGAAACGCAAAAUCAUUGGAAAUAUGUUCUAUAUAUUGCUCUCUGGAUAUUCUUUCAUUGAGAGCGUUCAUGAAUUAUAAUGUGAGAGGAAUGUCAAGAGAGAAAACUUCAUUUACACACUGGAUACCAAUCCUUACAGAAACAAAUGAUGAAAUUCAUAUCAAGAAGGUUCUUCACGUUACCAAAUCUUCAUUAGCUAAUUUGUCCAGUUCCCAUUCGAAAAAGAUAGAUUUUUCACCAGAACAAGUUAUUGAAAUUCUUCCUCGAUUGAUGUCUAAUUGUUUGCUUCAAAUGGUUGAUCAGAGAGAAAAGACCACCAAUGCAUUUAUGGCUUGCUUGAGAUUUUUCAGAUUGAUGAUCGAGGCGAUUAAGGAAAUUCCAGAGAUUAGUGAAUUGAUUAAUAGCUCUAUUGAUUCCUUUAUUAGAAGUGAAGAAAGAUCAAAAGAAAAAGUUGGAGAUUUGUUAAACUUUGUAAUGCUAAUUCCAUUUUCAAAAUUUGAUUGGAAAGAUUUGUAUGAUAUCUAUGUUAGAGAAUUCUUGACAAGAUAUGUUAAGAAUAUUUUGAAGAGCUACAAGGAAAUUGCAGAUUUUCAAUGUGCUGAAGUAACUGAUGACGACAGAGUGUCCUAUUCUUUCAAAAGUAUCAGAAAGAGGUUGAAAGAACUCACAUUACACAUUUACUUUAUCCAGAUCUUUUCCGAUUUUAACUCUAUUGAAAGUAUUUCUAAAUUUAUGAAUGAAAAUUGUGGAAUAUUGCCUUAUCAAUCCAUAGAUUCGUUCAUAGAAAAAUUGAACCAAAUUGAAAAGAUGAAUGACUUUAAAACCUUCUUCAAGUUACUGAAUGAAAUGUCAUCUCUCCAUGUAUUUGAAACUCAUGAUAGUGUUAUUGAACUACUCAAAUCCUGCAUUCAGAGUAGUUUACAAAAAGGCUACCAUGGAAAACCUCCAACAAAUUUUAGAAAACACAUAGUUCUAGAAGAUUUGCCAAAACUUACAUCAGAACAAGAAUGGAAAAUUGCUUGCAAUUCAAAAUGGAGAAUUUCAAAACUUCCUUACUAUUUAAAGGAGAUGAAAGACGCAUGGAUGCAAUUAUAUUUACAAAAGUCGAUGAGCAGAACUCUUCGUGAAAUGGCUGAAAGAAAUAAUUUCAUUCUCCUUUCUGGAAUGAUUAGCAGAUAUUCUAAAUGCAAAUGUUUGGAGACUUGUUGGUUCAAUGGUUGCCAAGAUGUUUUGACGAAAAUAUUAUCAUCCCUUCCAAUUAGUACAAUAAUUCUCAAACAUUGGAAUAUCGAGUAUCAGGAAAAGGAUAAAGGAGCAGACUUUGAGACAUUCUUUUAUUCUAUUAAGAGUGAUUAUUCUAGAAGAGCAUUAAUAGAGAGCUUGAUAUUUCAUGAUUCAAAGAUUACAGGAUCAGAUCUCUCUUCAUUCUAUAUUAACUUUCCAUCAUUGAAAAUAUUAGACUUUAGCAACAACAAGAUUGGGGAUAACGGUGUCUCAUAUCUUGCCGAUUUUUUGAAAAAAUUGAAAAACUGCCCUAAUCUAACCUAUUUAGAUCUUUCUCAUUGUGAUAUUGGAGAAAGAGGGACACAAAGAAUUGGAGAUAGCUUACUAGCUAAGAAGAAUCUGAAGACAUUCAAAUUCACUGGAAACAAGUCACCACCUGCUCUUUUUUCAAUUGCUCAUUCAUUGAGUUAUUCCCCUUCCAUUGAGAAUAACAUUUUUACAGGAAUUUGCAUGUUUGAAAACAUUGGAUCUUUCAAAUAUUGA